GCUCCAGAGAAUACCUGAAUUUCUUUGGAAGUAGUUGAAACGUUUCAUUUAGCAUAGCUUUAGAGGCUUCUUGUCGUUUGUUAUAUCCUUUCCGUGGACUGCUGGAGUCUACCGGUUAGUUUGCGGCAAGCCGUCUAGACUUGCUUCAGGUGUAUUUAAUUCUUCAAGAUUGGUAAGAGCAAAGGCUUGACUCCCAACAACCGCUCAUAAUCUUCGUGUUAGGUUUACGAUGGCGUCACUGGAAUUUGAACCUAAUAAGAAUGUGGUUGCCAGACUGGCUAAUCUCCCCUUGGUCAGCUCCACCUGCAACCUGUUGUCUUUCGCGUACUGCAACACCAAGGACAACCACCCCUACCUGAGGUCCGUGUGCGAGGUGGCAGAGGCAGGCGUGAAGACGCUGACAUCGGUGGCGCUGACGCAGGCUGGCCCCAUAAUCGACAAGCUAGGGCCACAAAUUGCUGCUGCUAAUGAUCUGGCCUGUAAAGGCCUGGAUAAGAUAGAGCAGACCUGGCCCAUCGUGCACCAGCCCCCAGAGCAGGUCGCCACCAGCGCCAUGGCUAUCGUGAUGGGAGCCAGGGAGGUGGUUGCCAUAACGACGAACGGUGCCCGCGAGGCGCUGUUGUUCACGCUGGCGGGGGUGGUGGAGCGGGCCCGGGGGGCGGUGCUGGGCCGGGUGGAGAUGACCCGCGAGGCGAUCGGCGGGGGGGUCCGCACCGUGAUGGGCUGCCGCGUGGCCCGCCUGGUCAGCACCGGCGUGGACUCCGCCCUCAGCACCUCAGAGACGCUGGUGGACCAGUACCUGCCCCUGACCGACGACGAGCUCGAGAAGGAGGCCAAGACUGUGGAGGGGUUCGACGUGGCCGCCAAGCCAAGUUACUACGUGCGGCUGGGCUCCCUCUCCACCAAGCUGCGCAAGAGGGCCUACCGCCAGGCCCUGGCCAAGGUGCACGAAGCCAAAACCAGGAGCCAGGAGUCCAUAUCCCAGCUGCACCUCACCGUGGACCUGAUUGAGCACACCAGGAGGAACGUGGGAGCCCUGGGUCAGUGGAAGAGCAGCGGCCAUGAUGGAGAUGUGCAGCGCAUGGAGUCCCGCACCCUGGCCAUUGCCCGCAGUCUGACCCGCCAGCUGCAGAACACCUGCCUGUCCCUGGCGCCCAGCCUGCAGGGCCUGCCCCAGAACAUCCAGCACCAGGCCCUGUCCGUGGCCCUGUCCGCCUCCGAGAUCUACGCCAACUUCAGCGGCGCCUUCACCUUCCAGGACCUGUCCGACGGCGCCCUGGCCAGCAGCCGGGGCCAGCUGGCCCGCAUCAAGGAGUCCCUGGACGGGGUCAUGGACUACCUGGUCAACAACACGCCGCUCAACUGGCUGGUAGGUCCCUUUUAUCCCCGGGCAAAGCCUGGCCCCGCCCCCGACCCCGGCCAUGACCCCACGACCACCCCAAACCACAACCCCGGUCACGCCUCCGAUACUGACCCCGCCCCUGACUCCGCCCCCAACUCCACCCCCUCAAAGCCCCUGUCCAAUGGGCAGGUGAAGAUGUGGGCCGCGGAAGAGAAGAUGCCGCCACUGAUGAUGUAAUCGUUUGUCACAGAGUCCCCCCCCUGGAGACUUGCCGGUCUUGUGUCCAGCUCUUUAUUGCAAAAAAGGUUACAGGUUUAAAAAAUUUAGUUUUUCAGUUUAAUAUAAGUUUUUGAAAAGCAAAAUUAAGGUGUUACCCCUUUUGGCAGGUGUUUCACAGACCUAAGAUUAGGUUUGAUGUCACAGCUGGCUAAGUCGGUUCCAGAUUUUUUGGCUAGUCAGGUUCUGUGAAGCACCAUGAAGUCACGUCUUGUCCUUAGUCCAAUGACCUCUGCUAUCCAAUGAGAGCUCCUUUUGAUGAAGUCAGACAUGUGAUGUCAUUGUUCUGGGCCGGCUCCCCAUCCAGCCCAUGAUUAAUGUUAAUGUGAGAGUUUGGUUCUCAUAGUGGGUGCCACCAUUGUGAAUAUUUUCCUUUUGUUUUCCUUGUCACGUAUGUGUGCCUUGGUGCCAUGGAGGUAGGGGGCGGUGUCGUUUAAAAAAAAUGUAAGGAAAUGACAUGGGAUUGUAAUUUCAGGAACCCAUCCACCCUGUGAGACGUGUUGUCCUUGUGCGAAAUUAGCGGCUAGUUAAUACGACGUUCCCUGUGUAUUCCAUAAAUAAUAAAUUUGUGCACAAUAAUCAUAAUAAAUGAAAACGCAUCUAA